CUCUCCUCCUUCUCUCCUCCUCUCUGCAUCUGCUGGUUGCUCUCACCCUCAACUCUUCUGAGCCUCUCUUCCUCUGAGCUUCCGCAACAGCUAUUCACCUCACGUUUUCAUCCAAAGCCACUUCCAAGACACUGAGACCCAACUGUCACCAUGGAGGCCAUCAAGAAGAAGAUGCAGAUGCUGAAGUUGGACAAGGAGAAUGCCAUCGACCGAGCAGAGCAGGCUGAGUCCGACCAGAAGGCAGCGGAGGAUAAAUGCAAGCUGCUGGAGGACGAGCUGCUUGCUCUGCAGAAGAAACUGAAGGGAACAGAGGAUGAGCUGGACAAGUAUUCAGAGGCCCUGAAGGAUGCUCAGGAAAAACUGGAACUGUCGGAGAAGAAGGCCGCGGAUGCAGAGAGCGAUGUGGCAUCUCUGAACCGCAGGAUCCAGCUGGUGGAAGAGGAGCUGGACCGCGCUCAGGAGAGACUGGCCACAGCCCUGCAGAAACUGGAGGAGGCUGAGAAGUCUGCGGAUGAGAGUGAAAGAGGAAUGAAGGUGAUUGAGAACAGAGCCAUGAAAGACGAAGAGAAGAUGGAGAUCCAGGAGAUGCAACUCAAAGAAGCCAAACACAUUGCUGAGGAGGCGGACCGCAAAUACGAGGAGGUUGCCCGAAAACUGGUCAUCCUCGAGGGCGAGCUGGAGAGGGCAGAAGAGAGGGCAGAAAUUGCAGAACUUAAGUGUGCUGACCUGGAAGAAGAGCUGAAGAACGUCACCAACAACCUCAAGUCGCUAGAGGCUCAGUCUGAUAAGUACUCUCAGAAAGAAGACAAAUAUGAGGAGGAGAUUAAAGUCCUGAGUGACAGACUUAAGGAGGCCGAAACCCGUGCAGAAUUCGCAGAGAGGACAGUGGCGAAACUGGAGAAGACCAUAGAUGACUUAGAAGAGAACCUAUCAAAAGAGAAAGAGCAAAACCUAGGAAUGCAGCAAGUCCUGGACCAAACACUGCAGGAUCUCAAUAGCUUGUAAAAUGCCAACAACGACAUCAAACGAAUACAAAUAAGAACAUUUGUUUUGUAAAGGAUCUUUUCUACAUGCCAUCCAUUCCAUGUAAUUCCUCUCUCUAGUCCUGGUUGUUAAAAACAUGUACCCCUUUUUAUAUAUUUAUGGUUCUUUUGUUUCUUCCCCGCUUUUUUAAUAAUGGUUUCGGGUCCAAAUGAUAAUCAGUUUGGUUGCUGGAAAAUGUGUUGUACUUCAAACUCUGAGCACAAAUAAAACUGAUGAAGAUGAUGA